GCCGUGCCGUGCGCGGCGCCCGUGUGUGCGCGUCCCGCGGUCGUCUUGUCGUUUUAUGGAAGCCAACGAAAGCAUCGAAGUCCCGUCAACCGGCACGCCUCCGGCCAACGGCGGUGGAGGCAGCAACUUUUGCGGCUCGUCGUCCGCGGCCGCUGCGAUCAGGACGCCGUCGGCGGAGCCACCGCCAUCGUCCGGUUCGAAAAUACUCAGCAAGAACUCGAACGGCACGAUGAUCAUGACAUCUAGUCCGAGUAACGAAGCUGAAUUACAACUUUACAGGGUAAUGCAGAGAGCAAGUCUGUUAGCUUACUAUGACACACUACUUGAAAUGGGUGGCGAUGACUUGCAACAACUUUGUGAUGCUGGCGAAGAAGAAUUUCUCGAGAUAAUGGCCUUGGUGGGCAUGGCUUCAAAACCAUUGCACGUAAGGCGACUGCAGAAAGCUUUGCACGAAUGGGUCAGCAACCCAGCCAUGUUUCAAACUCCAUUGACGUCUCCUGUUGCCGGCGGAGUUCCUGGCGCGAUCGUGCUGCCGCCGAACCCGGUCCGGCCGUUCCUCAGCGUUUGCCCGAAUCCGCUGAUCCAGACUUCCAUCCACCACGGUUACUAUACUCCACUGGGCUACGGUUACCAGCCACCCACGUCGCCGUCGCCCGUGCCCAGCUCAACUAAUCAACUGCCACAGGUGGCGCAGACGAGUGAGGCGACCACCUCAGCGGGCCAGCACUACGGCGACAGUAACAGUCCGGGUCAGAGCCCCGGUUCGCCGAUGCAAUUGUCCCCGUCGCUGGACGAAUCCCAGAUAGCCCGAUUGGCCACGUCGGCGAAGGAACUGGUGCAAAGGCUACCGCAGUACCAGCCCAAAGCGCAGACGGCGAAACGGAAGACGAACAAGGAACUCGAAAGCGUGAUGAACAUGCCGGAAGAAGACCCGAGACGCAUUGAAUCCAUUAGGAAGUAUUCGGCUAUCUACGGACGGUUCGAUUGCAAGAGGAAACCCGAAAAACCCUUGACGCUGCACGAGGUAUCCGUGAACGAAGCAGCAGCACAGAUAUGCAAAUUAGUGCCGGUCCUGUUGACCAGGCGGGAUGAACUGUUUCCUUUAGCCCGACAAGUAGUUCGCGACUCAGGUUAUCACUACUCCAAAGGACAUUCCAAGUCGAGCAUGCAGAGUUUCAGAGGACUGAUGUCAAAUGGCGAUUGUUAUGCAUCGAAGAGGCCACGUCUGGACGAUCACGACGAAUUGCUCAAAAUCCGACAACAGGAACGUUUAGAGCAGAUCACAGACGAAUUGAAAGCUGUCAACGAGCGUCGAGAGGAGCUGGACCAGAGCUCCAAAGAGGAUCCAGCAGUGCAACACCAAUUAGAAACACUGAAGAAUCGCCAGGCACAGUUAUUGGUAGAACAAAACGACCUGCAGCAAAACAAGUCGAUGCGAAGGGACAGGGACUGUAGAACGUCUUCAGCUGGUUUCGACUCAGACGACACGGACUCGCAAAUGUCAUACAGCAACACUAGUUCUCCCAUGCAGGACAUUAGCGACUCGAGGGAUUCGAUGACUCGUAGCGUCGACUACCACCACGACGGAAAAUCAUCACUGAAUACCGGUAAUCAGAGUAACCGGUCGCGCGGCGACACGGACGACACGGACGACACGGACGAGUACGAACGUGACGCGACGCCCCGAAGCCGCCGGAGCAGCCGUUCGUCGUGCACGGUCAACGGCGACCAUCAUCGGCCGGUCGACCGGUUUUUCCACGACAAAGUUCAGAUAAUAUCGUCGAGCGGCGGCAACAUUAUCGCCGUCGCCAACCCGGCGCUGUUGAUGUCCUCCACGACCACUACGCAGCUGAAAAUCGAACCUCUUUCGCCGGCCCACGACGAUGAAUAGCGCCGAACGGUCGUUCGUUAUUAUUAUUAUUAUUUUUUUUAUUGUUAUUGUUACUGUUGAUUUCUGUUGGUCGUAUUUUUUUUUUGAAUUUUUUUUUUUUUGUAUUCCGUCAGUUCACAUUGUAUCGUAGAGUGAACGAAAAAAAAAGAAAAAAAGAAAAUGUUUAAAAAAAAAUAUAUACAACCAUGUUCCUACCAAUAAUGUUAAAAAUAUUGUUCAAUUGAAAAGUUUCAAAAUAUUCUCGAUUCCGAGAAAUAUCGAAUUCUCGUUUUAUUAUUAAUUUUUAUGAUUUUGUUUUCAGAUAUUAAAUUUUUUUUUUCAGUUUUUUUUUUUUUUUAUACUCGAAAUAUUUUGUUUUGUUGUCCAAUUUGCAAUCCUCUUAUUGGCUUCUGUUUAGUUGUCAUAAGAAAUAAAUCAAUCGUACACGCUAUAAGUGUUCAUUCUAGCUGCAAUUAUGUAUAUAUUUUUAUUUAUUUUGUAUCGGUGCUAUUACGAACCAUCUGUUUAAUAUUAAUAUUUAUUUGUAUUUUUCAACAAUGUGUUAUGUUCGCACUUAUUCAAUAACAGUACAACAUUUUUAAGUACUCAACAGAUCAUCAAUGCUUUUCUUUUAAAAGUAAUCUCAUGAGUUAUUUUUUGACAUAGACUACAUACUAUUUAACUUUGUUUCCAAUUGUUUUUACAUCUGUACACAUUUGGAACAAUACUAUAAUGCAAGCCACUUAAUAUUAAGCCUUAACGAAUUAUUGAUAUAUAACAAUAUAUUAUAAUGUAUUAAUCUACUGCUGUA